GCUGUAGCGCCAGAGGUCCGAACCCUAUCUUCAACCACCCAACCAGGCGGCAACCAACUCUCUACUGGCACCACUACACGCCGCCGCGACCUGCUCUCUGCUGGAGACACCGAGUUUUCGGGUCCACAGGAUGGCAUCGCUGGAGACUCCGUGCUACUGGACACUUUCCGCCGCUCAGAUGAGCGGGAAGCUCGGCCGUUCAGUUUCUGGUAAUUGGUGUCAGUGAAAGAUCCCUCUUUGAGUGGCUGAUCGGACGGCGAAUCGACAGAAUCAGAUUCCGGCUGGAACCGUUUAGCCGGAAAUUUGGACAUGGGAGAGACAGACGGCACAAGCUUUUGAAAUGCUUGUUAAGUACCGUACUGGUACUGAGAUAUCAAAUCAAGGUACACCAAUCCACCGGUCCAGCCGCACUAGAAUAAUAAUAAUCUUCAGUUUCUGCUGUUCUUUCGUGGGCCUAAAUACGGGUUGAAAAAGGAGUUCUAGGCCCAACAUAUUUGGGCUUGAAGGGUAUAAAUAUAAAGUUGCAAA